AAAGUGAAAGUACGACAUGUGUCAAUUUUCUGGAAGCCUUAUUUUUCUUUUUCUGUCAGUCUGUGAUUAAUGAAAAUACGUAUCUUUUUUCUACACAAUGACAAUACUUGCAGGUGAAUCUGAUGAAUAAUUAAAAUUAGACAAUAAUGGCUAAUGAAGAUCAAAUCGAGGAACUCGAGGCUCUAAGGUCCAUAUUUGAAAACGAAUUCACUGAUAUUUCUAAAGAUCCACCAUGUUUUAUGAUAAAGCUGCAAGAUGUUCAGAUAAAUGGUGCAAUUAGUCUGAAGUUUACAUUACCAACAGAAUACCCAGAUAUUUCACCAGUUAUAGAGAUACCAAUAAGGAACCAAGUGUUGUCUGCAAAGAACCACAGACAACUCAUGGGAUUUUUACAGGAAAAAUGUGAAGAGUCACUUGGAAUGGGGAUGAUUUUUUCUGUGGUGGAUGCAGCACAACAGUGGAUAAAUGAGAAUGUUUCCACAAACACUUCUGAGCAACCCUGUGAUAACAAGGAUUUGGAAAAAGAAGAGAAAAAUGACUCAGAACUUACACCUGUCAGGUUUGAAGAACCCAAGCUGACAGGAGGAAGAUGGCAGUAUGUCAUAGGACUUGUGGGUAAACCCUCAGCUGGGAAGUCCACUUUUUUCAAUGCAGCAACGACCCUGGAUUUAGCUAAAACUGGGGCACACCCAUUCACCACUAUAGAGCCAAAUAUAGGAAAGGCUUUCUUUUCUGUCCCAUGUCCCUGUAGCAAUCUGACAGUCAGGUGUGAUGCAGCAAAUGGUCAUGACUUCAGAGGACAAAGAUAUCUACCAGUGCUGUUAAAAGAUGUUGCUGGGUUAGUUCCUGGUGCAUGGGAGGGCAAAGGUCGAGGCAACAGAUUUCUGAACGAUUUACUGGAUGCUGAUGUUUUGAUCCACAUCAUAGAUGCUUCAGGUACAACCAACGAGAAAGGUGAAGAAACAGUUGACUAUGACCCUGCUAAUGAUGUACAGUGGUUGAAAGAGGAACUACACCAGUGGAUAUAUCAAAAUGUGUGGGCCAAAUGGGAAAAUAUUGUUAGAAGACCUCAGAAACUGGUAGACAUGUUUACAGGAUACCAUGCCAACAAAGCCACUAUUUAUGCAGCCCUACGCAAUGCAGGAGUCACUGAGAGUGAGUUGUCAAAGAUAAAGACCUGGGAUGACAAGGUUCUACAUCGGAUAGUGGACUGUUUUCUCAACAUCAGGUUUCCUAUUCUGUUGGUUCUAAAUAAAGCAGAUAAAGAGACUGCCACAGAUAUCAUUGCAAGGAUUGCUUCUGUAUAUCAUUUCAUCAAACUCUUGAAUUGUCUUCUUAUGACAAAUUCAUUCCGAGUUUUAUUCAGACUAUCAGCUGAAUUUGGUGAUAAUUACACUAUUCCUGUGAGCGCGGAGAGAGAGUGCUUUCUUCAGAAGAUGGAAAAGGAGGGAUACAUCAAAUACAAUAGAGGAAGUGAUUCUUUUGACAUUUUAGACUGUCCGUCUUCCAUUUUUACUGAUCUUAAAAAAGUUGAAAGUAGUAUUUUGAAGAGGUAUGGUAGUACAAAUAUCCACAAUGCUUUGUGUCAGGCUGUCAGUUUAAGAGAACCAGUUUAUGCCUUUCCUGUACAUUGCCUGGAUACUCUUCAAUCAGUCGGUAAAUCUCACGUGGAGAAGAGCCAGAUUCUGCGUGAUUGUAUCAUGUUAAAACCAGGAACCAAUGUGGAGGAAUUCCACUCUGUUCUAUGUCAUUACCCAGUCAGUCUGUUGUCAGGAGAUUUUGUGAGAGCAGAGACCAAAAAUACAGAUGGGUCAAAGAGACCAAUGAAGAAAGAUGAAGUCCUUAACAAUUCUAAUAAUAUAAUAAAGAUAAUGACUACCAAAAGAAGUUCAUAGUUUAUAAGAAUGAUCAGGUAGAAAUUUUUAUUGAGAGAGAGCUGGAGAAAUGCCAAAUUUAUCAUACAUGUAUGGAUGUUAUUUAUUCUUAAAUUCUUGAAUUUGAUGUAAUUUAUACUUUUAUGUUGAAAAUAAAAGUCUGUUAAAGCAA